AUUUUAUCUAGCUGUAGAGGCAGCAGUUGUUCGUAGCAGUAGAAGCAUUGCAUGUUUUUACAGGAGGAGCUAGACGGAUAAACACUACAAAAAAGAGGCAUAAGCCCUUUAAAGGUUGAAAUCCCUUGAAAACAAAGGGUCAGCCAAGAUGGCGAUUAACUGGGGAGUUAAGGCUCUUCUCGGCUGGGUCAACACCUUAAAGCUGUCUGAUCGAGAGAUAUCUAUUGAGGAUUUACAAGAUGGGACAGUCUUGCUUAAAGUUGUUAAUAUGCUGAAAAAGGAGCCCAAGUAUCGUUUCAGUAAUUCCACUGAGGAACGAUUCAAGGUCAUUGCAGACUUUUUGGAAAGGGAUUGCAGAUUUAGUGCAGCCAAGGGCACUUCAUUAUCAUGGGCCAGCAUUAGAGAUGGCUUCAACCUAACAGUAGAAAUUGCAAAGGUGCUUUUGUUGCUCGUUUACCAUGACAUAAUGAAUGACCGCUGCACUCUGAACGAGUUGGACUGUGAUGUGGAGCAAGAGAUAGCACACCUAACUGGUUCCUUUGUGAUGGAGAGCGAUGGCUGCGUUUAUCUGAGCGAUGGACUUGAUGCCUAUUUGGCAAGGAAACGUUUGCCUGUCCGCUGUGAAAUUUUUCGAUCAGCAACCACCUCUACCUCCAAUGCGUCGACUAUCUCCUCGUUCUCAGAUGACGAGUCCCCCGUCUUCCAUCGCAAAAAGAAAAUCACAUUUGUGGAGAUGCAAACUGUGGCUUCUUCCUCAGUCAGCAAGUCUCCUCUGCAGGAUAUCAUGAACACACCUAAAUUUCAGUUGAGGAAAGUGCAGCGACAGAUGAUCAAGGAGAGAGACUACAGAGAUGGGUUGGAGAGGGAGCUGGCCAGCAAGCUUGCACUUAUUGCAGAGAGAGAGUCCCAUAUUAACCAGCUGCAGUACCGCCUGGAUAAGAUGAAAGAAGAGCAAAGUGAUCAGGAUCAGGUUAUCAGGGAACAAAUCAAUGAGCUUGAGACCAAGAACGACAUGUUGCAAACACGUCUUAAUGAGAUGUUAAAGCAGAAUAAAGACCUCAAGAGUAACUCCUCACUUAUGGAGCGCAAAGUGGAUGAGCUGUCAGAUGAAAACGGUGUGCUCGCGUCGCAGGUGAGAACAGUGUCUUCACAGCUGGCCAUCUUUGAGGCAGAAGUUAGCAGGCUGACAGAGACCCAAGCAUUUGCCCAGGAGGAGUGGAGAAGCAAAACAGGCCACUUACAGUCCGAACUUGACCAAGCUACUGCUCAAAAGGAGCUACUGACUGAACAAAUUCAGAUCCUCCAGGGAAAGAUUUCCUGUUUGGAGGAUGAAAUAAGCAGGGCCACUAAGGAGGAAGUAGGGGAGAAUAUGGGGCCUGUAAUGGAGCGAGAAAUGUUGACCAGUUUGAAGAUUGAGCUGGAGAACACAUUUUGCUCCCUGAAACAGGCUGAGGUGGAGGUGCAGGCCAAAACACAGCAGCUGGCAGAGUAUCAACAAGAAAUUAAUCAACAGAAAGAGCUCCUGAAACAGCAGGAGUCCCAAACUGAAGAAAUGAUUCAAGCCAAGGAUGAAAUUCUAGACAAACUGCAAAAGGAGAUUGUUGAGCAGAGAGUAGCCCUUCAACAAGAGAUCCAGGAUCUUAAGAUUCAGCUUGAGCAAGCUGAGCAGCAGAAAGCUGAGCAGAUGAGCAGACUACAGCAGCACAUUACUGCUUGUGAACAAGAAGUUGAAAAACUUAAGGAAAUUAAGAAAGAAAAGGAAGACCUUCUCUCCCAGACUGAAGAAAAUUUGAAAGAUCUCAAGACAAAAUUAUCUGCUGCUAGUUCUCUCUUAGCUGAUAAAGACAGACAAAUUGACAGCCUUAAAGGAGAAGCUGACAUUCUUAAAGAUGAAACCAAAAACAGGAAAAAUGAAAUUCAAGCCAAAGAGGAAAUGCUUGCCAAAUUACUUCUGGAGAAGUCUCAUGAGCAAGACAUUUUUCAGAAUAAAAUCCAGACCUUAACAGACCAAGUAGAAGACCUUAGCUCAUCUCUCAAACAGGCUCAGCAGGAAAUUCAAUUUAAGCAAGACCAACUGACCAAAACCCAACAAGAGAAUGUCCAACAAAGGGAAGUACUCCAACAACAGAUUGUAACCUGUGAAGAGGAGAUUCAGAGGUUAAAAGAAGAGAUACAAGAAAGAAACGAGCAGCUUGUUCUUCUAAAGAAUGACAGCUCUCGACAGUCUGAAUUGUUGGAGCAAGAGAUAACAGGUCUAAAAUGCCAACUAGAAAGUUUAAAUGACUCUCUUAGAAAGGCUGAGGGACAAGUUCAGGCUCAGAAGGUCAUGCUUACAAAGCAGGAGCAGCAAAAUGCUCAUCAGACUGAGGUCCUGCAGCAACAACUUUCUGCUUCUGAAGAGAGGGUGAGGAGCAUGAAGGAGGAGAUCCAGGCUAAAGAGGAACAGAUGGACAUGUUGAAAAAUCAAAGUUCAGAGCAGUCAGAACUUCUACAUCAAGAGCUCCAAGAUUUAAAGAAACAGGUUGAGUGUCUCAGUUUCUCACUGAAGAAUGCCGAGGAGAAGUUGCAGUCUAAGGAAAACCUGUUUGCUGAACAGCAGCUACAGAGCACUCAGCAUAUGGAGGCUCUUCAGGUACAGAUGGUGGCAUCUCAAGAGGAGGUGAAGAGGCUCAAUGAAGAGAUUCACGCUAAGGAGGAGCAAUUAGUUCUGCUAAAGACUGACACCUCUACACACUCUGAAUUACUACAGCAAGAGAUUGAAAGUCUGAAUAAACAAAUAAGUACUAUGAGCAAUUCCCUUGAGAUCGCCAAGGACCAAGCCCAAGCCAAAGAAGAUGCGAUGGCCAAGCAGAAGCAGGAGAGUGCUUUGCAGAUUGAGGCGCUUGGAAAACACAGUGCAGAUCUUGAGAAGGAGGUUAAUCGGCUGAAGGAGGAGAUUCAAACUAAAGAAUGUGAGGCAGACCUGUUGAAGGUUGAGAGCUGCAAAGAGUCAGAAGUGCUGCAGAAGGAGAUCCAAACUCUUAAAGACCAAGUAGAAAGUUUGAACGAAUCCCUGAAGACUACAACAGAACAAGUUCAGGUUAAAGAAAACCUGCUGACUCAAAAGGAAAUGGAGAUUUCUCAGGAAAAAGAGAAAUUUCAAAACAUGAUUACAGCCUCUGAAGAGGGGAUUCAAGGGCUUAAAGAGCAGAUCCAGGCUAAAGAGGAACAGAUGGACUUGUUGAAAAAUCAAAGUUCAGAGCAGUCAGAACUUCUACAUCAAGAGCUCCAAGAUUUAAAGAAACAGGUUGAGUGUCUCAGUUCCUCACUGAAGAAUGCUGAGGAGAAGUUGCAGUCCAAGGAAAACCUGUUUGCUGAACAGCAGCUACAGAGCACUCAGCAUAUGGAGGCUCUUCAGGUACAGAUGGUGGCAUCUCAAGAGGAGGUGAAGAGGCUCAAUGCAGAUAUUCAUGCUAAGGAGGAGCAAUUAGUUCUGCUAAAGCAUGACACCUCUACACACUCUGAAUUACUACAGAAAGAGAUUGAAAGUCUGAAUAAACAAAUAAAUACUAUGAGCAAUUCCCUUGAGAUCGCGAAGGACCAAGCCCAAGCCAAAGAAGAUUUGUUGGCUAAGCAGAAGCAGGAGAGUGCUUUGCAGAUUGAGGCGCUUGGAAAACACAGUGCAGAUCUUGAGAAGGAGGUUAAUCGGCUGAGGGAGGAGAUCCAAACUAAAGAAUGUGAGGCAGACCUGUUAAAGGUUGAGAGCAGCAAAGAGUCAGAAGUGCUGCAGAAGGAGAUCCAGACUCUUAAAGACCAAGUAGAAAGUUUGAACGAAUCCCUGAAGACUACAACAGAACAGGUUCAGGCUAAAGAAAACCUGCUAACUCAAAAGGAAAUGGAGAUUUCUCAGGAAACAGAGAAAUUUCAAAACAUGACGGCAGCCUCUGAAGAGGAGAUUCGAGGCCUUAAGGAGCAGAUCCAGGCUAAAGAGGAACAGAUGGACAUGUUGAAAAAUCAAAGUUCAGAGCAGUCAGAACUCCUACAUCAAGAGCUACAGGAUUUAAAGAAACAGGUUGAGUGUCUCAGUUCCUCACUGAAGAAUGCCGAGGAGAAGUUGCAGUCCAAGGAAAACCUGUUUGCUGAACAGCAGCUACAGAGCACUCAGCAUAUGGAGGCUCUCCAGGUGCAGAUGGUGGCAUCUCAAGAGGAGGUGAAGAGGCUCAAUGCAGAGAUUCAUGCUAAGGAGGAGCAAUUAGUUCUGCUAAAGCAUGACACCUCUACACACUCUGAAUUACUACAGAAAGAGAUUGAAAAUUUGAAUAAACAAAUAAAUACUAUGAGCAAUUCCCUUGAGAUCGCCAAGGACCAAGCCCAAGCCAAAGAAGAUGCAAUGGCCAAGCAGAAGCAGGAGAGUGCUUUGCAGAUUGAGGCGCUUGGAAAACACAGUGCAGAUCUUGAGAAGGAGGUUAAUCGGCUGAAGGAGGAGAUUCAAACUAAAGAAUGUGAGGCAGACCUGUUGAAGGUUGAGAGCUGCAAAGAGUCAGAAGUGCUGCAGAAGGAGAUCCAGACUCUUAAAGACCAAGUAGAAAGUUUGAACGAAUCCCUGAAGACUACAACAGAACAAGUUCAGGCUAAAGAAAACCUGCUGACUCAAAAGGAAACUGAGCUAUCUCAAGAAAAAGAGAAAAUUCAAAACAUGAUUACAGCCUCUGAGGAGGAGAUUCGAGGGCUUAAGGAGCAGAUCCAGGCUAAAGAGGAAGAGCUGAUCACACAAAGAAAAGAGGGCUCCAUACAUUCUGACAUACUACAGCAAGAGAUCAAAUGUCUCAAAAACCAACUUGCUAAUAUGGGUGACUCUCUCACAAAGGCUGAGGAGAAGGUUCAGACUCACCUGGUUAUGCUCACCAAUCAGGAGCAGGAAAGUGCCCAUCAGCAGGAGCUUCUGCAGCAACAACUCUUAACUUCUGAGGAAGAGGUGAGGAAAAUGAAAGAGGAGAUCCGAGCUAAAGAGGAACAAAUAAUACUGCUGAAGACCGACAGCUCAGAGCAGUCUGAUUUGCGACAGCACGAGAUCCAAAGUUUAAAGACACAGGUGGAGACUCUUAGCUCCUCACUGAGGAAGGCUGAGGAGGAUAUGAAAUCCAAGGAAGAUCUGUUGGCUCAACAAGAGCAAGAAAAUGCUCAACAGAGGGACGCUCUCAAAAACCUACAGGAGAAAGUUGAACAAGUAGAGAUUCUGAAUAAACAGAUUUGUUUACGGGAAGAAGAGAUUCAAAAGCUAAAAGAAUCUCAGAGUGAGAAUGAAAACCUCCUCCUCAAGGCUGAGGAGAAACUGCAGACACUUCAAGCAGAGCUGACUGCAGUCAACACACUCAUAACUGAUAAAGACCAAAGUUUGAACACUCUCAGAGAGGAGGUAGCUGCCCAAGCUAACUUGGUUCACAGAGCCAAAGAGGAAGCUGAGGCCAAUGAGAAAAUGCUGGCUAAGAUAAAGGAGGAGAGCUCCAACCAGACAGAUGCUCUUCACCAUGAGAUCCAGGAUCUGAAAGGGGAACUGAAAACCACUUCUUUGAAUCUUCAGGCUAAAGAGCAGAUGUUACUUGAAAAUCAGAAGGAGUCUGCUGAGCAGAUAGACCUCCUCCAGCAUCAGCUUGCCUCUGUAAAUGCAGAGCUGAACCAACACAAAGAGACACAAGCUACAGACCUAAAACUGAAAGAGGCUGCACAGGACGCCACUUUUAGGGAGAAGGAGGCACUUGCUCAGGAAAAGGAAGCGCUCAUGGCCAGGAUACUCCAGGCGGAAAACAAUCAGAAAGCUCUGGAGAAACAACUUGAAGGCAUGGUGUUUGAAAAGGAGAGACUUGCUCAAGCCAAGCAGGCUGUAGAGAGAGAGAACACAGCUUCCCACAAACUGGAAUCUUUGCUACGGCAGGAGGUGGAAAUAUUAAAAACGGAGAAAGAGAAACUCUUGAGAGUAAAAGCCGAAGAAAUUGAGAUGCUAAAGAGAGAUCUGCAGGAACAGCUCUCUGCUAAAUCUGAGGCUGCAGAACACUACAAGGCACAGAUGGAGAAGGCAAUGAGUCAUUACAAUGUCAAGAAGCAGCUUCUCCAGGAGAGCCAAGAGGAGGUGGCUGAACUCAAGCGUUCCUUAGAGGUUAAAGAGCGUGAAGUGAAGGCUACUACCAUGGAAAACAAACUGCUUCAGAUGGAGUUGGACAAGGCCCAAACCAGUGAGAAGGCACUUUUGAACAGGGUGGGCAGUUUGGAGGCACAGCUUGCCUAUGCUGACCGUAGCCUGCGGGCACAGAAUAAGAUUCACGGUAAUGAAGGAAGUGCUACAGAGUCUGCUUACCUGGAGGUUCCCAAUGCUCACUCAAGUGUUCACACUAGAGCACAGGUGAAGAGAACUAUGAGCUCUGACAGCCUGGACCAGAGCUCUCUGGAGGACUCUCUGAACAGCACAAGGAAACUUUCGGCGCCUGAUGAAUCAAGCACACCACUUGUUCGCAGUUCAGAGCGCUUGGCAGCCAAACGCCGGGGUCUCAAGGCCGAGUCCUUGGAAACCCUGUACUUUACACCAAUAAACAACAGACAGGUCAACAGGACCAGCACAGAGCUCAAAAUGGAACCGGAUUCAGCCCUGAAAAAUCCGACUUCAUCUGUCAAGCGACGCAGAACCACGCAGGUUAUUAACAUCACCAUGACCAAGAAAACCCCAGGUAGCGGUGAACAUGAUGAGACUUUCUACAGCCUGGCCUCAGCUCGCUCCCAGCCGAACCUCUCCAGUGCCCACUCUGCACGACCCGUGUCUUUGGAGCUGUUUGAUACACCUGGAAGAAUGGCCGGUGCUGCCAGCAACCAACUCAUCGGCCUUCCAGGGUACAGACGGAGCACAGUGCAUUCACAGACUGCUAGUACGUUCUGCGCAGGGGCAGAGAACGAGCCCGAUGGUGCACCUGACGAUUGGAUGAGGAUUGCGGAGCUCCAGUUCAGGAACAAGGCCUGCCUUCCUCAUCUUAAGAGCAGCUACCCUGUGGAGUCUGAGACUGGCCGUGGCGGUGUAUUAGUUUUCACAGACGAAGAACUGCGCACCGGUGACCCUUCUGACACAAUCCGUCGGGCAUCCAUGAUGCCUGGCCAGCUGCAAGAAUCUCUUGCCUCCCAUCGACGGUCCUUCAUGGUGGGACAGACAGGUGCCGCUGCUGGUACACGUUCUCAUCGUCUGUCCUUAAUGCCAGGCCAGCUGCCAUCAAGAACUGUCGGCUCCUCUCAGGUCAGAAGCCCGAAAGGCACAAAGCGGACUUCAUCUACUGCGUCUGUACAUCAGACUUCACCUGAGAAAAAGCCGAGGGCCAGCUGUUUCCCACGUCCACUCACCCCCAAAAAUAAAAACGUUCUCAGCGAACCUUAUUUUCAGCCUGCCCACAGUCCAGCUGAUCGGAGGCAGUCUAUGAUGUUUACUAUUGACAACACGCCUAAAAACAGCAACUACCUUAAGAAAGGCCUGAACAAACUGCGUGGCUCCACCCGGAAAUCCCCAGGCAAAAGUUUAAAGAAGUCGCCUGCUAACGCAUCUGCACGCAAGGGCCAGGAAAACAUUCGCUCAGGGAAUACUCGUACUGGAACAGUACGAGCAGACAGAGCUGGCAGCUUGAAGUCUCCUGGACUGACGGCCAGUGCUCGCAAGGACCGUGUGUUGAUAAAGGAAGAAAAUCUCACUGGAAGUCUUAAAAGAUGAUGAGCAGGAUGAAGGUGUGAGGAGGACUGCCUCUCCCAAAUUGGAGUUACGAUCGUCUACAGUUCGACUUAAUUAUACUGUUUUUUCUUUUUCUUCUUCUUUUUACAAUUUCACUUUUAAGAUUGUCCUUCAGGGUUGUUUUUUUUUUUUUUUUUAACAAUCUCUUUGUAAUAUAUUUACAUGUUUAUCAAUAAAAAUAUU